AUGGGGCGGCUGAAGUCUGAACUCAGCAAGUCAUGGAACGUCAUCACAGAGGUUAUGUCGUUGAUGUUUGACUUCCGUGGAUCCCGUGGCUUCCGCACAUUGAUUAGAACUGCUCAAAAUAAACUGAACGUUCUGACUAAUGAGGAAGUCCCCAGUUUUCUUGAUGCCUUUGUUGACUUGGCGCUUGUUGGGCCAUUGUGUUCAUCCCUUGGUGUCAAUCGUCAUAAACUUUUAGAUCCCACGCUACUGAAAGACUGUGACAGUGACAUCUUUGGCAUUCAUCAGCUGAAAGUUGGUGUACUUUUUGAAUUGGAUGACUUUCGAAAGCUGGAAAAGAUUGAUCUUGAGCACGUGUGCACUUGGUUACAGGUGUUAGGAAAGUUAAGUUCUGCUCCCCCUCAGGACAAAGUGAAAGACAUUCUCGGUGAACUCCGGAGUGAAUUUAAGUCGUUGAACAAGAGUAAAGCGAGAAAAGGUGAUCUUCUGGAUGAGCUCUUGCGACGAGAUAUUGGUGCACAGUUUGACUUGGAAGUGAUUCCUCCGACAUGUUCGAGUCCAAAUGAAUCUGACACUGAGGCAGUAGGCCUACAUUCAGCAUCAGAUCUUGAUGUUAGUACUGGAGAUCCUGGAAGUGGAAAAAAUGAGGAACUGGAAUCCAAUAAAUCUGAGAUUGUGGAGCAUUCUGGUGACCUCAUGUCACCACAGAAACGGGGGGCUUUGAUAAAAUCACUCAAGGGUGAGCUUGAGGGAAAAAAUGUUCUAAUUGGUGAACUAAAAACAAAGUUGGACGCCCUUGCUGAACACUCCAAACAUCUUAGUGGUCAGGUAUCUGAAUUGAACACCACAAAUCGUGAAAAGGACGCUGAAUUAUCAGAACUGAAGGCACGUUAUUUCCAUUUGAAAACCAACUUGUCAAAAAAAGAAAAGGACCUUUCUGACUCUCAACAAAACUUAGUUGAGUUAAAAUCUAGUGGUGUUUACCAAAGGUCGCUGAAAAAACUAAGUGAACUGCAGGAGCAGGAGCAAAAGCUGGAAAAAAAACUUGCUUAUCAACGUAGUGUUAAUGAUAUGAAAGAACAAAUUGCUCCUCUAAGAGAAAAAAUCACGAGCCUUCAAAACCUCGUUAGUAAGUACAAACUUCAGAACAAAACAAAUGCCGACAGGGUAACUGAAGAAAAAAAGGAAAGAAAAGCUCUAAAGGCAGAGCUUGUGACUCUGGAGGCAGAAUUACUUCAUUAUCGUAGUCCUGACUCGUUCCAAACACGAGAGGAUGUAAAUAACCGGUUCACUGAUGAACUUGAGUUGUGUGCCAUGGAAUUGUCAGGUGAAUGCGAGGUUGCAUCAGCACGUGUAAGAAAGGUUAUUCAGUGUGUAAGCAAAUGGUUGCAUGGCCAAAACAUCAAAGAUGGGGAUCUUCCCAGUGCCUCAACCGUCUGCAAUUUUGUUGACCGCGCACAUGUCUUAGCAAAAUUGCAGGUAGCAGAGGAGUGUUCUGAGAGCAAGUGUUGGGAUUUGCAUAGUGAUGGAACCUCUAGGGACCACAAUAAGAUAAUUGGCAAACAAAUCACCUUAGAAAGUGGCCAAACCAGGUCUGUUGGGUUUACACCUGUUGCAGUUGAAGACAGUGCGUCCUUGCUAGACAAUGUGAUUGCAAUGAUUGAUGAACUGAGUGAGUUGUACUCGGAUUGUUCAAAAAAUGAAAAAGACACUGUCUUCAGAAAUUUUCUUGAGAAAAUGUUUGCCGUAAUGAGUGAUAGGUGCAGUGUUAACAAGGCAUUCAACCGCCAACUGAGUGAAUACAAAACAAAUUUUCUUGGUAAUGAAGUUGACACCCAUUUCUUGUUUUGCAAUGCCCAUUUCCUUCUUGGUCUCAGCACAGCAGUUGAAGCAAAGUUAAAAGAUAUAGAAAAAGAUCUUGUGGCUGCAUUAGGUCAUGGCUUGGGUCGUGAUGCCAACCCUAAAUUUCGCACUUUCAAGAAUGCUUCUGGUUCAGCCGCCUGUCGAUUUGUCCGACUUACCUGUGAUGUGCUAGGACCAAGGGGGGAUGAGAAGAAUGGUUGCCGGCUCAAGUGGCUCUCUUUUCUGGUGAGGUUAGAGUCGGCGAGUAGGUCGGUCGGUCGGUCGGCGUUUUUCCGGUUACCCUCUUUUCUUGAAGAAAAUCUUCAGAAGAAAUCAAAAGUAACAAGCUUCAGAAUGAACCGCUUCAACAAUUUCUUUCUUGGGGCCGCCACUCUUUUUCAUCAUUCCUCUGAUAUGAUACUGUUUUUUGAACAUUUUGAACAGCUGAACUUGAAAUUGGAGAGUGUUCAAAUUGAUAAUACAUCCCCUGAGAUUCUGGCCUUGGCACGGGCCCUUGGCAUACUUUAUUAUAAGGUUAGUGGGCCAUUUUGGCUCAUGCUUCAGGGAGAUGUUGAGUAUGUUGACCAGUAUCAAUAUAUUCAAGAGAUGCUUGCCAAAUUCAAGCAGUGGGAAGCAGAUUCGACAUCUCUCAUGUCAAGAGACCAAAAUGGUAUAUUUGGUGCUCAGUUCUUCCCUCCUCGGGAUGAAGUCUAUGAGAGUUUGUUCUCUGACAUGCACUCCUCAGAGUCCGACUUGACCAAAUCGGCUCUCGAGAAGUUGAUGACUGCAUGCAUAAUGGUCACAGAACGACAACUUGUGGACUUCCUUCCUGGGGGGAGGUACAGUUCACCAGCAACAGAAGAGCAAAGAAUUUCUAUGAAACACUGCAAGUUAACUAAUCUAGUGAGUGAAUGGGAAUUCGGAGAUCUCAUCUUUGGAAUGUAUAAGCGUAGAAAUGCUUCCCUUUUUGGCUCACCGUAGGGGAGUCUAUACAACACCGCAGUGU